CAAUUUAAAAAAAAAAAACAUUCGGAACGUGACCUUCUAGUCUUGCUCAUUGCACUAAAGUGAUCGUUCUUUUUUAAAGUGAAUAAAUUACAAAAAUAAUAUACAAUAAAAGCUUGUAAAUUGCAAAAUGGAAUCAUCAACUGAAGACGAAUGUUGUAAAUUUAUGAAGCAACUAGCUGAUAUACAAUCAUCUGGAAGGCAUUCAUUAGAUUUUUCCAGUUUACUAACUGGAAAUAAAUUCUAUUUUCCCAACAUGUGUAAUGUUUGUUAUUGUUUUGGAGAAAAAGUUGCUAAAUUAAAAAGAUGCGGUGCUUGCGGUAUGAUUUCAUAUUGUGGUGAAAUUCAUCAAAAGCAAGAUUGGUCAACUCAUAAACCAUUUUGUAAAGUAUUGUGUCAAAUAAAAAAAGAACGAAACGUGAAUAAUUUAUUUGAAUCUAUGAAAAGUAUUGUUGAGAAAAUAAAGAAUACAUGCAACGAUCAAGCGGUGAAUUAUGAAAUUAUUCAAGAAAAUAUAUUGGCUAUACAAUAUCCUUUAAAAGAAAGAGCUGUUCAAUUACUCGGGCGAAAUUUAACCAAUCAGGAAUUUCAAAUGAUUCGAUUUCCAAGAGUUUGUGCCAUUUGUUAUGAAAGUAAACAGGAAAUUCUCGUGAAUUGCAAGAAAUGUCCUCAAGCAACAUUUUGCAAGGAACAUUUAAAUGAUCCCAAUCAUAAGAGUGAAUGUUUAAAAAUCAUAUCUUGUUUUAAAGUAAUGAGUAAUGAUGAUGUAACUCCACCUACAUCAGUUAUCGAACCAAUAUUAAAAUCUACUUAUCAAGAGAAAGCUGAAAAAUUACCAUCUACUAUGUUAGAUGUUAUUGAAAAGUAUUUAGCAAAAAAUCUAGAAAAAUUUGGUGACUUCAAUAUUACAGUAAAUUUGAGAUCAGACCAUAAUGUGGCUUUAUCAGAUCGUUUUUCCAGGCCAUUAACAUUACUUUUUUCUAUUGACCAAUUGUCUCUUAAUAAUUUACAAUCAAUGGUGAUUCACGUCGUUGGAGCAAAUCAAGCAGAACAUUUAAUCAACGACUGGGAAUUGAUAUUACAUUUUUUGCCACAAUUACGUGAACUUCAAAUAAUUUUGAUUGGACCUAGUUUGUUAUCAAAUUCCAAAGAAAUUCAAAAAUUUUGUAAUCUCUGCCGAAAGGGAAAAAGAAAGCUAACAAUUGAGACAAAGAAAAUAGUAUACAGUGGCUAUUGUAAAGGAAAAAAUUACAUGAAACCAGACAUUAUCUGUUUAAAUACAGGUUUUAAUCCUGAUUCUACUUGGAAGGAAUCUAUGCUUGAUUUCUAUAAAGGACAGUGUCCUUUAUUGGUUACAACAAAAUGUAAAGCUGAAGGACUUAAUGAUAAAUAUUUCAUCGAUUCGACAUUUCCUAUGGCAAAUUGUUUAUAUUGCGAUGAAAAUCCAUUCACAAGUCUUUCAUAUACAAGGCAAAAUAUUUUUGUACCCAUAUCUGCUAAUAAUCAAUUCAUAUUUAUCUAUGACUAUCUUGUCAAGAAAAAAGUUUCCAACUAAUAAUUUGAUAAUUAUAUUAUUUCUACAUACAUGGAAUUUACAGUUUCAAAAUCUUUGAGUUACAUGACGAAUGGCAAACUAAUUUUUUAAAACAUAUCUUAUUAUGCAAUGAUCGUCAAAAAAUAAGACAAAAAAUUAUUAUUUGAAUUCCUUAUUGUUUUUGUUUUGGUUCUUAUAUAUACAACCUAUAUAAUUUUCGCGUUUCUUUUUGGAUUUAAAACAUUUUUUUUUAUAUUAAAUCCAGUAAUUUUUCAAAUACAAAUAAUUUUUGUACUAAAAAAAAAUCAUAAUUAUAAUAAAAAAAUAUGGAUUCAAUCCUG